ACGCGUGUCUUCUGCAUUUCCCUUGCCGGCAAAAUUCAAUGGAAAUCUGAGUGGCACUUGUGUUAGUGUAGCAGUUGGGGAGCAUUUACUGGAAUAUUUGACUUCGAUGUCAGUGCAAGAUGUCGAAAAGGAGGUUAGAUGUCGAUGGAAGCUCAUCCAACUCGUUAACCACCGCGAAAAGGAUAAAGGAAGAGUUGAGUAAUCCAAGCAAUCUUCGCGGAAAGAUCAAUCCUUUCAAUGGGAAGCUAUUCUCAGACAGAUAUUUUGACAUUCUUAAGAAGAGAAUUGAGCUUCCAGUAUGGGAGUACAGGGAAAAAUUUAUGGAGACUAUGAAAGAAAAACAAGCUUUUGUCCUGGUUGGAGAGACUGGAUCUGGUAAAACAACCCAGAUUCCACAGUGGUGUCUUGAAACUCGUAUUGACAAACGCAAAUGUGUGGCAUGUACCCAGCCACGGAGGGUUGCUGCCAUGAGUGUUGCUCAGCGUGUUGCUGACGAAUUGGAUGUCACCAUAGGUCAAGAGGUUGGGUACACCAUUCGAUUUGAAGAUUGCACAAGUCCUCGCACUAUAUUGAAGUACAUGACAGAUGGUAUGUUGUUGCGGGAGGCUAUGACUGAUCCUUUACUAGACCGUUAUGCAGUCAUUCUUCUUGAUGAGGCUCACGAGAGAACUCUUGCUACUGAUAUCCUCAUGGGUCUACUGAAAGAGGUUGUGCGACAGAGACAUGACCUUAAGAUCAUAAUCAUGAGUGCCACCUUAGAUGCUGGGAAAUUUCAGGAAUACUUUGAUGAGUGUCCACUCAUGACAAUCCCUGGACGAACUCAUCCUGUGGAGAUUUUUUACACUCCUGAACCUGAACGAGACUACCUGGAGGCCGCCAUUAGAACAGUGGUACAGAUACACAUGUGUGAGGAAGUAGAGGGCGACAUUUUGUUGUUUCUUACUGGGCAAGAGGAAAUAGAAGAAGCAUGUAAGAGACUGAAGAAAGAAAUUGAUAACUUGGGACCUGAAGUAGGCGAGCUACGCUGCAUCCCACUGUACUCAACUCUUCCUCCACAGCAGCAGCAGCGUAUCUUUGAUGCUCCUCCAGCCAAACGUCCCAAUGGUGCCAUUGGGCGCAAGUGUGUGGUGUCCACCAACAUAGCUGAAACAUCCCUCACCAUUGAUGGUGUGGUGUUUGUAAUAGAUCCUGGAUUUUCCAAGCAGAAGGUGUACAAUCCCCGUAUCCGUGUAGAGUCACUGUUAGUUUCUGCUAUAUCUAAAGCCAGUUCACAGCAGAGAGCUGGCCGUGCAGGUCGCACACGUCCUGGCAAGUGUUUCAGGUUGUACACAGAAAAAGCUUAUCAGACUGAGAUGCAAGACAAUACAUACCCUGAAAUCCUGAGGUCCAACCUCGGUACUGUGGUGCUACAGCUGAAGAAGUUGGGCAUUGACGACUUGGUGCAUUUUGACUUUAUGGAUCCUCCUGCACCAGAAACCCUGAUGAGAGCCCUUGAACUGCUGAACUAUCUUGGUGCCCUUGAUGACAAUGGAGACCUCACAUCACUGGGUUCCAUGAUGGCAGAGUUUCCACUUGACCCUCAACUUGCCAAGAUGGUGAUUGCCAGCUGUGACCAUAACUGUUCUAAUGAAAUUCUCUCUAUUACUGCUAUGUUAUCAGUUCCUCAGGUGUUUAUGAGACCAAAUGAAGCUAAAAAGGCAGCUGAUGAGGCUAAGAUGAAGUUUGCUCACAUUGAUGGAGACCAUCUGACCUUGCUGAAUGUUUACCAUGCAUACAAACAGAAUCAUGAAGAUACUCAGUGGUGUUAUGAUAACUUCAUCCAGCAUCGUUCUCUCAAAUCGGCUGAUAAUGUGAGACAGCAACUUACCAGGAUCAUGGACAGGUUCAAUCUUGGACGACGUAGCACUGACUUCAACAGUCGUGAUUAUUAUGUAAACAUCAGGAAGGCACUGGUGACAGGAUUUUUUAUGCAGGUGGCUCAUUUGGAGAGGUCUGGACACUACCUGACUGUCAAAGACAACCAGGUUGUACAACUGCAUCCAUCAACUUGUUUGGAUCACAAGCCAGAGUGGGUGUUGUAUAAUGAGUUUGUAUUGACCACCAAGAACUACAUUCGGACCUGUACAGACAUAAAGGCUGACUGGUUGGUGAAGAUUGCACCCCAGUACUAUGACAUGAGGAACUUCCCGAUGUGUGAAGCUAAGCGAGUAUUGGAGAGGAUUAUAGAGAGGUUACAGAAGAACAGAUAAAACGGCAACAAUGAACCAUGAACCAAAAAGAAAUGUGAAGGAAGAACUUUGCAAAUGC